UGUUGUGAUAAACUUAUUAAAUAGGUUUAUUGCGUAAUGGGCAAGUCAAUAGCAGAAUUAUUCUCCUUCUCUUCUAUCCUUCUAACUGGAUUCUCAGGUCUGGUCGGAAAGUGUCUUGUGUGGAAACUAUUGAAGACAGUUCCAAAACUGCAGAAUAUCUACGUGCUAGUGAGAGGCAGCAAAAAGGAGCCAGACGCAAAGAAACGGUUCGAACAAUUGCUCAACAUGUUCCCUCUCAAUGAGCUGGACUCGAAUUUGAAGAACAAAAUAGUGCUGCUUGAAGGAGACAUGUCAACCAAUUUUGGCAAGUUUAACGGGGUUUUAUCGCCACAUUCCGGUGUUGACAUUGUAAUUCACGCCGCUUCCAGUGUUAAUUUCGAUGAAUCGAUCAUCUCAUCAAUAGAAUCGAAUGUUGUCGGAUGUAAAAAUCUUCUUGAUUUUUGCAAAUCGAUUUUGAAGCCGAAGUUAUUUGUGUACAUAUCCACUGCAUACGCGCAUACCGAGCAAGGCUACAAGCAGACAGAAACAAUUUUCCCGUUGAAUGAGAAAGCGGAGGAUAUAAUACAGGCUUUCAAAUGGAUGAGCCCUGAAAUGGGCGAGGCGUUACAGCCAUACCUGUUGAAAAGAUCCCCCAAUAGUUACACUUACAGUAAGGCUAUGGCUGAGAACUACUUACAGGGCGAGAUAGACUUGCGAUCGUGUCCCUUCCCCGUAGCUAUAGUCAGACCAACUAUCAUUGGGGCUGCCCUGAAUGAGCCACAACCGGGCUUCAUAGACAAUAUGAACGCAAUCACAGGUGCAUUCUGUGCUGGCAUGUACGGUAUCUGGAAGCUCAACACUUUCGACCCUCGGAUCAACUUCGACUGCAUUCCCGUUGACUUGUGCGUGAACGGAAUCAUUGCCACAUGUGCUUACUGUCUAGACAAGCUAUUGGAGAUUGAGAGCCCCUUCAUAGUUCAUCUAGCUACAGGGACUGAAAAUCCUUGCAGUUUCGGAGUGUGGCCUGCUAUUCAGAAGGAGUCGGCUGCCGCUCUUCCCAUAGAGAACUCAAUCAGAUACCCUAGAGUAUUUCAAGUGAAGCCUUGCAUGGAGCCGAUACUGCGACUAGUCUACCAAGACUUCUACGUUGCAUUUUAUGAUCUGAUUCUCAAGUUGUGUGGCAGCAAGUUCAGACUACGACGCAUUACAAACAAGAUGUUGCACUUUUUUAAAGCUUCAGGCUACUUCAUUCGAAACGAGUGGAAAUGGGAGCAAACUAGCUUCAACAAGGUUCGCAACUUCCUAAGACAAAUGGACCAAAAAGACCAGCAGCAAUUUACACUCGACUACAGUGUGAUCAAAUGGGACGAGUACUAUUUCAGCUACUUCUCAGGUGUCAAGAAGUACAUUCUCAAGGAAAGUCUUACGGAUAUGAGCAAGGCUAGGAGCCGUCAACGCUUUCUCCUCUUCAUGAUGUACUUUGGAGAGCCUCUAGUUCUCAUAUUGUUUUGCCUGACUGUAUUUUACACUACGAAAAUCAUCUGUGAAACUCUUUUCUGAACUCAUACGAUUUCAUCUGGAUUUGUAAAUGUAGACAUGUACUACUUUCGCAGAUCAGCUAAAAAUUACAAAUAAUUAUUCCUUA